AUGGCUCGUGAAGGUGCCCGGGAGCGUGAGAUGCACAGGUACUACAAGCCAUGGCUUGAGACCUUCAUACCCACCGGACUGAAGCCCACGCUGUGCCUACCCCCGGAAAAUCUGGUGGAACAGGACUGUCCUCGAUCCUGUCGAGAUAAGGCUUUGACUGCUUUCGCACAACUAGGCUGUCUCCGUCUCAACGUUAAAAGAGGGGUUGUCACAUUGUUGGAUAGCUCCAAGCAAUACAUCAUCGCCGAGGCCACCAGAUCGCUGUCUCUGUUGGACGAUAGCCAGCAUGCGCCGGAAGACGAGCUCUGGUUUGGCAACUCCUAUAUAGAACGUGACAUCGGAGUCUCAUCCGACGCAAUGUACCCCGGAUCUUAUAUCGCCCAUGGUCCAGAUGGCUCUUACACUGCUGCGGCUCUAGUCGUCGAUGACCUGGCCGUCCAUGAAAAAUACAAAACUCGAGACUACGCUGGGCAUGGUAUUUCAUUCUAUUGCGGGGUGCCCAUCACCACUAAACUUGGUCACGUUAUUGGGGUGUAUAGUGUGACCGAUGACAAGCCUCGCUCUGGACUAUUACCUGCGGAGCUACGAUUCAUGACCGACAUGGCCGUCAUUGUAAUUCAGCACUUGGAGGUGGUCAAGAAUGACCGGGCCAGAGCGCGAGGUGAACGGCUGAUUCAAAGCAUCGGAACCUUCAUAGAGGGCGACGUGACAGAAAAAGCGUCUCAAAUCAAUCCUCCAUUCCAUUCCCAACCAACUCCAUCCAUUGCUCAGUCCGCUGUCCAAUGGGAUGGCGGUUGUCUCGAUGCACCGACCCUCCCUUCUGAUGGAAAGCACUCGAAGGCCAACCGACCGGUCAAUGGGGACGCAAAUCUUGCCCUGGGUCAGGCCGAGCCGCCUGAAACCCAGGCAUCAGCCUUGGAAACACAUGACUACAAAGCAGACCGCAGAGCGAUCUCGAGUGAGCGGCAGAAACUGGAGAAACCAGGGACUGCACAAGAAGCCGCUGUUCAUCCAGAAGCCAGACGCCUGGAGGAACGGAAGCGUGCUGCAGCAUUGAAAGAAAAGGCUCUUUCAGACUCGUUGCAUGUCUUCGAUCGUGCUGCUGCCAUUCUCCGAGUCUGUUUGAGUGUCGAUGGGGUAGUGUAUCUGAAUGCGAGCUCAGCGAAUCUGAGUUCAGGUUCCAGUAUGCAGGAUCUCGAUUCCGCUGUUUCCAUGGUACGGCAUUCCAAACCCACCAACAGGCGAGUAGACAAUCAGAAGACCGAGCAUAGCUCCCGGAGCUCGAGUGCAGAAGAUGGUCUUCGGGAGUCAACCGCUCAAGAGUCCAGUGAUUCCAACUCCUCCACGGCAGCUGCGAGUAACAACGAUUCCAGCUACCCUCCGACUACGGAUCAGAGGUGUGAGGUGCUAGGGAUUUCACAACUUGGUCCGGACAAAGCUGUCAAAAUCUCAGAGCAGACCUUGCGUCGAUCCGUUCGCCGUCAUCCCCACGGAAGUUGCUUCAUUUAUGACCAGCACGGGAAUCCCGCCUCGAGCGACGAGACCUCCGACUCCGCCUCGGCCUCUACCAUUCCUACGAAACAAGCACAGAAGGACCAAAGUCUGAGGGAAACACGACACCUGCCUACCACAAAGGCGCUGCUGAAGGCAUUCCCGGGCGCCCGGAAGAUUGUCUUUUUGCCGCUGUGGGACUUUGCAGCGGGACGAUGGCACUCCGGGAUGGUGUUAUGGACCAACGACGUAAACCGGCUGACCAACAUCCAAGACGACUUAUCUUACCUCAAAGCCUACAACAAUGCUGUCAUGAACGAGGUCAACCGGAUCGACCUUGCUCUCUCAGAUACCGCCAAAGCCACGUUUCUCGCCAACAUCUCACACGAGCUUCGUUCGCCUUUGCAUGGUAUCUUGGGGAGUAUCGAAUUUCUUAACGACACGGCCCUGGACGACUUCCAGUCAAGUAUGGUUCUCGCAGUCGAGACCUGUGGCAAGACGUUGCUUGAUACGCUCAACCACGUAUUGGAUUAUGCCAAAAUCAACAGGCUGUCGAAAAACGGUCCCCUACAUCCACGCUCUCGAGCCAUUCAUGGGCAUGUACAGCCUUCGAGCUCCGACAGCAGCUUGACCGACGACUUUGACAUGGCCGUAGUAGUGGAAGAAGCGAUUGAAGCUGUAUACGCCGGUCAGGUAUUUCACUCGGCCAAUGCAGAUAAAUUGUCAGCCAAGGGACGAGGCGGCCAAACUGCUGCGAAUCGCGCGAUGCAGAGCCGGAAGGCCGCAAGGAAAGACCUCAGUCAAGUUUCUGCGGCGAGCACGAGCCAAGUGCGACUUACGCUGAAUAUCGACAAUCUUGCCAACUGGAAAGUCAGAUCCCAGCCUGGUGCCAUCCGGCGGAUUGUCAUGAACAUCUUGGGCAAUGCCCUGAAAUACACGAGCCAAGGCAGUAUCAACGUAGUACUAGAAGCAGACGAAUCCCAGGAAAAGAGUUCCUCGAAUCUACAUGUGGUCCUCAAAGUGACGGACACCGGAAGGGGCAUGUCAGGAGAGUUUAUGAAGAACCAUGCAUUUGCUGCGUUUGCUCAGGAGGAUUCACUCGCCACCGGUACGGGGCUUGGGCUGAGUAUCGUUCGCCAAAUCGUCGAUUCACUGAAGGGCAAUAUUGAUCUAUCGAGUGAAAAGGAGGUCGGGACCGAGAUCAGAAUCUGGUUACGUCUGCCAAAGAGCCAGAAAGAGGAGGAUGACGAUACGGAAAAAAAUACCGUUGCGGAGGUACGAGAACUGACCAAAGGCCUCGAAAUGUGCAUCAUUAUGCCCCGUCCUGAGAAGACGGAGGGCGCCCGUGAGGCUCGUACUCUCCGGCCGAUGCCGACGGUGGAGGAGUCCUUGCGAGACUUGAUCGCGCAGUGGUUCAGCAUGAAAGUUCACAUUUCUCCGAACAUGGAAGGGGACCCGCCCAACUUCUUCGUCUACCCCGAGCCACCACCAAUCGACUAUCUGCUGGAUCAACAUGGCCGAACCAAGACCAGUCAAGAGAUCCCAGUCAUUGUUCUAUGUACCAAUGCGUUCGAAGCCGCCAGUCUAAGGUCCCAUGGCAUCCAUCGACUUACGGAGAUUGGCCGGAUCAUUGAAGUGAUUGCCCAGCCAUCUGGGCCACAGAAACUGGCCAAAGUGCUUCAGCGAUGUAUGCGAAGAAUGAAGCUGCUCGGCGACAGUGAAUCACCCCGGUCGACGGGUCCCACGCCUCUCUCCAUCAAACCCCAAGGGGCCUCGAGUUCGGCCACCGUUGCUCCGGCCCAGGCCGUCAAAACUCAAGGGUACUAUCCCGGAAGAGAGCCGCGCGAUGAUACAAGCAUGUCCGACCAUGAACCGGCAGCCAGCGCAGUUCCAAAGCCAUCGAACAACAAUCGGUGUUCCUCUCAGGCCGAUGUCGAGUUGCCCGUUCGAUUGAAGGGUGAAGGCCCAAGAGUGUUGGUGGUCGACGACAACUCGAUCAACUUGCAUCUCCUUGUCACGUUUGUGAAAAAGACCAACCAUCCACAUGAGUCUGCGAUGGACGGCGAGCAGGCUUUGGAGGCAUACCGGAAAGGUGUUUUGGACGACGGGGGUAAGUACACGUUCAAAUACAUUCUAAUGGACAUUUCGAUGCCCGUCAUGAACGGCAUCAUGGCGACCAAAGAGAUCCGCCGAUUCGAAAAGGAACAGCGAGUCCGGACCCCGGCCAUAAUCAUCGCACUGACCGGGUUGGGCAGCGAGAGUGCACAGAACGAAGCAUACCAAGCCGGGUUCGAUCACUUCUUGAGCAAGCCGAUUGUAAGUUUUCCCGCCUCCAGCCGAUGUGAUUUCCUUGCUGUAGUGAUAGAUAAUCUUGCUGACAUUGGGUUGGUGUCGUUGCAGAGAUUCAAGGACUUGCAGAAACUGCUGCUGUGA